AGAGAGAGGGGGACACCAGAACAAUAUAACCUCCUGAAGAAAUGUCAAAAUCUCACUCUGCAAACAGAAAGACAGACAAGUAGUAGCAGCUGUGACAAACACACAAACACACCACACCUCUGUUUCUAAUUCUUGAUGUGUGACAACUGUGACAUGAACAUGUGCAUUUUGAAUCUUUCUCAUCUUUUUCAUCCAUUCUAGCCCCUAACCCUAACAUGAACACAGUGUUAAUUUUAGUUUGACUAUUUAUUUUUCAUGAAGUAGCCACAUUUAGGUAACACAGGGUUUCAUUUAGCAGCUGUGACACUCAAAUAAACAAACCCUCAUUGUUACAGAUAGAGAUUGUAGAGAUAUUCUAUGUAUGUGCCCAAACAUUUUACAACCCAAGUGCUCAUUUUGCUCUCUAAGAUACAAUAUAAAUGUUCUAUGAUAAACACCUGUCUGUUUCACCUUCUACAGCAAAGAUUAUUUAAAGAACACACUCAACUAGUGUUUCAACAUCCAGUAGAAUCUACAUUAGACCUGAGUUUCAACCAACAGUCGACUGAUUCGCUCCUAUAGUCUCCUCCUGUAAUCCUACCCAGGACCCAUGAUGCACUGGGGGGGGGUUUCUAAGGCGACUCUGACAGUCAACAAACAUGAGUGAAGCUGCAGGGAGAUCUGACCAACACGAGCGAUCCUGCUCCCACGUCCCAACGUUCUCCACCCGACAUCCCAUGAUCCCCAGACUGUACGUGAUGCCGUGGAAACAGGACAUGAAGAACCAGAGGCUCCUGAUGAAGAACGCAGCUGUGGCAGGGAUCCCUGUGGUUCCUCUGGAGGAGUCUUUGUGUUUCUGUGGUCGGGAGCGUCUCUGUCACAGUCAGGACUCCAACCACCGCUCCUCCUCCUCCUCCUCCUCCUCCUCCUCCUCCUCCUCCUCCUCCUCUGCUCCUCUGACCCAGACAGGACGCACCGCUCAUCUCUCCUCCCACCUCUCCAGGUACAACAGCUCUGUGGUGACGACCAGACGGCUCUACCAAACCUGAAGACAGACACAGUCAAACAUUAAUAAACUCAGCUGCUGUACAAGCUGAAAGUUACCAGUGUGUUUCCUCACAGCUCUGUAUUUAAUAUAAUCUAUAGGGAACUUAGUUCUUCACUUCAGUUUGAAAACGAUGAAUUAAUCUCAUUUGAUUAAAGAAAAGAAGGCAGGAAUUAAAAUGUAUUAUUAUUAUUUAUAUUAAAAUUAAAUUAAUUACAAAACUGUGAUGUGAUGUUUUCCUUCUCACCACAAACUGCAGUUAUAUUUGUCAUUACAGCAAACUGAGGCUGACAACAGACUGACAGUGAAACUCAAUCUGCUGCUAAAUACAGCUGUAACAGUAAGACUAAAAACUACAAACACAAUGUGUAAAAUUUCAUCAAUAUGCACAAUAUACUGUAUAUUCUAUAUAAACUACAUUAGUCUACAGCUAGUAUACAAGGAUUGGAAACAUACUGAAAAACAAACACAAACUGAAAAAAUGAUUAAAGACAUAAAACAGAAAACGUGAAGAUCAACAUGAACCAACAUAAGACAGGUGUAUAAAUGUACAGUACAUGUACAUACAAGUACAAGUACAGGCAUUUUCUGCAGACCGAGUACUUUUACUUUGAUACUUUAAGUACAUUUUGCUAAUAAACUUCUGUACUUUCACUUAAUUAUUUUUUACUUACUACACUAUGUGAAUACACUCAGUCUGCUGCAGUUCUCAUGUUCACCACACGGUGUCAGUGUGUGUGUGGAUGUGACCCAUCACAGCAGCUUCUGUGACGCUCCUCCUGUCACCAGGUGUGUCAGGUGAGCGGGACCAGACUGACGUCACCACAGGUUACAGUUUAAUAAUCUCAUGUUUGACGGUCUGAAGUGUUUUAUACAGAGGUUGGUGUUGUUGUCAUGAAUGAAAGUUAAACUGGUUAACGUGGUUAACGUGGUUAACGUGGCUCCUGUCGUUGUGCUCCUGUAUUUAUUGUCCGGUGUUUGGCUCCAGCAUCAAGACCUCAGACAGAGAAAGCUGCUGUUGUUCUCUAUGCUAAUGAUGCUGCUGCUGCACGCGCACACGCUCGCCUCCCUGCGUGUCUGGGCCUCUGCGUGCAUGUCUCAGUGUGUCACCAGCACCGAUGACAAAUGUCUCUCUUUCAUGCUGCCACACACACACACACACACACACACACACAGUGUUUUCUGAUAGUUUCUUUCAGGCUGAUGUUACAGUUCCAUCUAAACUUUAAAUCUCCUCCUCUCUCCGUCUCUUCCUCUUUUUCUCUCGGCUUGGAUGCGCAAGGGCGCGUGCCAAAGUGUGAUGCGUAAUGGACAC